AUGGAGAGCGUUCUAGGGGGAGGCCUUGCUCGGAAACAUGACUUGACCCAACUGUAUUCCGACACCAAACAUUCUUACCAGUCCAUCACGGAACAAGAGAGGGUUUUGGACACCCCCGAGUUCCAUGCUUUGCAUCGACGCUAUCGCAUUCAGAAGAACCGGUUGGUCACGUGGGGCCUGGAAUGGACCGAAGGGAGCCAACAGACCAUCGAUGAAUCCAUAGCUCGCGCCGGUUAUACCGACAUGGUUGAAGAUGUGAUGAGAACCAUCAAAGACAUCCUGACCGAAGUGGAAUCGCUGACCCUACGCGUCCGCUUCAACGCCCCCAAGGAUAUCACGUCGGAAAAGGUCGAUUUUACUAGACCGACAUGGUCCGCAUCCAACCGGGCGCGGUAUGAAGAGCUAGCGAAAGAUCUUACGAAUUCCAUCGACAUUCUAUACGACCUCUCACGGUCACGGAAAGCCGUCCAACAGGGCACCUAUCCGACCCACUUGGCCCAAGACGAUCCUCCGUCGAGGUCCUCAUUAUCAUUCCACCGCAGCCUCUUUCUGUCCGAUGAAUUCACCGGAUCACCUUCAACCCCUCCAUCUACCCGCGGCCCGUACCAUAAGGCCGACCUGGCGACGAUGUCGCUACCCCAUCGGAUCGACUACUCAUGUCUCUCCCUACCCCCAGAGCAGCCACCCCCAUAUGAGAGUUUUGUUCGCGCGAAUUCGCGAAUGAUCGGCCACUACACUCGCGGAUCACCCGGGAUCCCUUCCAAACUCGCCGAAUUCAAUUCCUCCACCGUCCCUGUCCUGAUUGAAUUCUGUAACUUUGAUCCCAUCUAUCGAGAUACGGGAGUCCGGCUUCCGCAGGAUAGACUGGAGGCAUUCCUCACGUACUUCUCCACCACGUCGUCUUCCGAUGCGGCCUCGAGCGGAGUAUUGCCCUGCCUAGGCUAUUUUGAGGAUCCAAGGCAGCCACGUUACGGAAUGGUCUACGAGCUACCCAAAUCCGUCUACGGUGGCGCCUGGGACUCACAGAAGUCCCUCGAUGAGUUUCGACCGACGUCGCUCUUCGAACUCAUCAAAACUACCGCGAGAGUCCACACCUCCUCUCGAAGGGUGAUCCCGACACUUCCUCCGCUCGAAAUCCGGUUCAAACUCGCGUACAACAUCGUGCGAGCGUUUCAUCGACUUCAUGAUGAAGAGCUCGUCCACAAAGAUAUCAACAGUAGCAACAUCGUCUUUUUCAAAAAGCCGGCUGCGGUUACCCAGAGCCUGGGAGACACAUACUCCAAUCAUGACAUGAGGAAUCCGUACUUGUGCUCCUUCGACUUUUUCUCCGACUCGCUCGUCGAACCGCCCCCUUCUGCCCCCAAUCAGAACAUCUACCGCCAUCCCAACGACCCUCGGGCGAAUCAACGGAACAGCAAGUCCUACGGUCUGCAUUUUGACCUCUAUAGUCUCGGCCUCAUCCUCCUCGAGAUUGGAAUGUGGUUGCCAAUUGCUGAGAUUUUCAAGCCGAGAUACUCACUGACCGAGUUCAAACUGAAGAUUGAAGACACUUUCGUGAAGAAACUCGCUGCGAAAUGCGGCACGGCGUAUAUGCACGUAGUCCAGGACUUUCUUGGUGCAUCUGUGAAGACGGCCACGGGUUUGCAGACGUCGGAGCCUUCCCGCUUGCUCUAUGAGCGCGCCUUGAACCGGUUGCGACGAUGCUGCUUGUUGGAUGAGGACGAGGAAAUUGGUGUUAAAGAUGAUGCAGCUUCGAUCAGCACCUCCGUCUCCAAUUUCCUAGAGGGUCAACGAGGGCCCACGCGGUCGGCCGCUGCAGUAAAAGAACCACCAAGCCCGCACGUGAUGGACUUACGGAGAUCCAAUUCUUUGCCUGCGAAUCCCGGACGCUUCCUCCGCAGACAAACUGCUCGGUGGAAUGAAAACCCAGAAAUCAUCACCGAAGAAGACCUUUCCGAGCCACAGGCUGUCGCAUCAACAGAUAAACAGGACAACGUCUCGGUCCUUUCGGUCUCAUCCCGGUACAAACGAGCAGCAAACAUUAUUGCUCGUGCAUGGCGUUCUCACCAUACCAAGAAACUCUCUUUGACAGAGUAUCGUCGCAAAGUUAGUGUCGCGCACCAGCAGUGGCGAGAGAGCCGCGAUCGCAAACAACAGGUCAAUCCUAUUCAAUCCACGAUUACCGAAGGCAGGCAGCAAGUUUCCAUUGCUAUGGACCCGCAUCGAAGUCGCGCAAGGGAGGCGGACUACAUUGUACCCGAUAGCCGGGACAUCUCAACAGAAACUUCGGCUGUUUUCAUAACCCCACCCGAGCCAAAACCGCGACGCAAGCUGAGAAUUCAGCAGACUCCAUUUCCUGAAGAGGUACUAGACCAGUGGCACAAUGAGGUGCUUCCAGGUCUUGAGCGCGUGGUUGGUAGGGCGCUCCGCAACUCUGAUGAGACGGUGAGCAUCGACCUCUUCGGCGUUGGCGAUACACCGGCAAGUGCUCGACCAACCAUAUUCGUCACUUGCAGCAGCACGGCGAAGGUGAAGGGCACGAUCAAUCGAUCGCUUGAUUAUGAUCAUUCCAUGUUCGAUUUGAAAGUUCGCAAAGGCAAGAUUCGACGCUCCAAGGUCACGAGCCGUGGCACCAACCGUCCGGCGCAUCCUUUGCAUCGGUCCAUGGACAGUGAUAGCGAUGAGCCGGUGCCUCUCAAUCCAUUCUACCAGGAACAACCCCUAUGUGGAUCGUCCAUUGGGGCCUUCAUGAACCACCAUCUCCCUCCUGUCUCUUUUGGCGGAGUGAUCAUGGUGGACGGAAAGCCCUACGGAAUGAGCGUUCAUCAUAUCUUAGAUGCACCAAGCGAUAGUGAUGACGAUUCGGACGAUUCGGACGAUGGAAACGACGUUCUCGAUGACAGUCCCGCCCGCUCAAGUGCUCGUGACGGCUUCGAUCCUGAAUUCCUUCUCAGGACCAUCGGUUCUGGGACGGCGGUUGACACAUCGAUGGAUGGAUGGACGCCAUUUGAAUUGUCAGACGAAUCGUCGAAUGAGGAUGACGACAAUGAAGAGCCCGACGUUGAAGACGAUGAUGGGGCCGCUAGCGAGACCGGAACAGACGGAACAGCAGGUGAUGUCGAAGGGAUACCGAAGGGAGAAGGGGAAGAUAUCAUUGUUACGCAACCGGCGCUCACAGAUGUGGAUGUGGACUUCUUUCCAGACCCAGAUGAUCGAGAUGAAGACCAUACCCUUUCCAAUCGAUUCGGCCACAUACAUGCUACCUCAGGAAUCCGACGGGCGGUGUUCGAUGACCUAUUACAUGAGAUCGAUUGGAGUCUAAUCCAGAUCGACGACGGGAGGCUGCAACCUUACAAUCUUAUUCAAGGAGGCGGCCGUUUCCGUCGAACUCCCAGCAACAGGAGAGACCAAUGGCGUCCGAGCCUUCGGCAACCAGUCUCGCGGAACGGGUAUUCUGCCGCCGAAGACGAGUAUCCCCGGGAGAUCGCCGACUCCCGGAAGAUCGGCGGCAGUCCGGUCCAUUGCUUCGGACGCACAAGCGGGCUCAAGGAAGGAAGGAUUAACGAGACCAUGGGCGCGGUCCGCAUCUACAAACGACGCUCCUUCUCCCGCAGCUGGGCCGUUCGUGGCGAAUUUGGCGCUGGCGGCGAUUCUGGAGCAUGGGUCAUUCAAAACGAAUCCGGACGCGUCUGUGGUCACGUACUGGCCUGGUGCAAGAGCACGCGGGUCGCUUACAUCUGUCCUAUGGACAUCCUGUUUCGCGACAUCCAAGAGACCCUCGACGCCACGCAUAUCUGCCUCCCGGGUGGGGAAGACCUCGCCAUUCCAUCGGGGUGGGCUGCGGACACCCGUCAAGAGAACGUCCGGCCCGGAUCAAGACUGCCACAUACCGCAAGUGAGUUUGAUGACAUCGCAUCGAUGGAAGCAAGCCUGCGGGGUCUCAAAAUCGCUGGAAGGCCGUCGCUAACCCCGACUUCUCAGCAUCUGCCGUCCUCGUCGCCGUCUACUCGGGAGCAGCAGACAAGAGGACCGUGGAGGAGUGUCGCGGGGCUGAGAUCUGAAGGGUAUCGUGCUCGUGCGUAG